AUGUCAGUCAUAUUGACGGUUCAACAGCCUGCGGAGGCUACCAAAGCGACCUCUCCCGAAUGCUCACCCCCUCCGACCAACUUCUACGUAACGAAAACAGGCACCACCACACUCCCAAUCAGCACAUACACAACCAGUCCAACAACUUACAUCACAACAUACAUCGAAAUUUCCACCUCAUCCACCCUCUCCGCUCUCUGUCCCACAGCACCCUCACCCCAAUACUGGUGUCGACUAGCCGACAGCAAACGCUUUGAAUUUCUGAUCGGCGAAUACAAAACGGAUGACCCACCAAAGUGUCAGGAACUGUGCUUGAGAGAUCCAAAGUGUAAGAGCUACACAAUCAACGAGGAGCUGCCCACCACGCGGACUUGGGAUUGUAGGUUGUGGAAUGAGACAGCGGGGAAUGGUAAUGGCGGACCGAGGAGCGAAAUAGGUGUGCUUUAUGAUCGGGAUUGCGGAUACUUGUUUCCUAAAUGCUGUUCCUCCCUCCCCACAUCAAAGCCAACCAUCACACCUACAUCAACACCACCCAUCACCGCCCCUCCCUCCCUCAGCACCGCUCCGCCUCGCCAAAAACGCGAUCACACUCUCCCCUGCGGAAACGGGUACUGCGAUUACCCGUACUGGCUCGAGAUAGACGACCAGUCCAUGUGGUAUUACUGCCAUUGCAUUAUCGAGACGCCGAAUCCUGCUAGUAGUCUCACGUGGAGCGAUAAUGUGAGCGUGAAUCUGCCGCAGGUGACGGUCACGGCGGCGUUGCAUACGUAUUGGGUGACGAGGACGACGUGGUUGAAUCAUGUUACGGUUUGUGAGGGGUUGGCGACGGGGAGGUGA